CUCUCAUCUCUCUCUCUCUCUCUCUCUCUUCAUUGCAUGUGCAUAAUUCAAACAUGGCAAAAGGUGGAAAACUCUUGAAGCUAAAAUCAGCGCUCAAAAAAUGGAACUCGUUCGGAGGAAAGCAGAGCCGCCACAGCAUCAACGCCGUCGCCGAUGAAGACGCCACCUCCUCCUCCUUCAGAUCCGACCUGCACCCCGUCUUCGUCGGCAAGUCCCGCCGCCUCUACCGUGUUUCAUCAGACGUUGUUGAUAACCCUGUCUUCCGUGAACUCAUCGAAAGGUCCCGUGAAACGGAACAAGAAAACGACACCGGUAAUGUCGUGGCGUGCGAGGUUGUUCUUUUCGACCAUUUGCUUUGGAUGCUUGAAAAUGCUGAUCCUCAACCUGAGUCACUGGGUGAACUCGUCGAUUUCUAUGCUUGUUAGUGUCAAUAGCUUCCAUUAUUCAACCACAAAAAUUAAUAAUUAUAUUUCCUUUUUUUUCUUUCUCAAUAUUCUGUUAUAUAUACAUAUAAUAAUAAUAAUAAUUAAAUAUUGUCUACUUUGAGAUCUUGUACAAGAUGUGAAUGAGAUGUAAAGGUCACAUUCAUCCAAACACCUCUUAUCCAAGCUCAGAAUUCUGAUAAUAUUCAAAUACAUUAGUGUUGAUAUGAUCGCAUCUGGUUUUGAUCGUCUUGUAUUGUCGGCCUUGUGGAGAUGGUAAUAAAUAACUAACUUUCUCAAGGAGAAAGUGUCCAUCAUUUGUAUUUCCAUGUUGUAUAUUUUUAAGAGAAGAAAAAAACAUUGUCAAUAAUUUUGAUUA